AUGGACCACAGGGACAUGCCAGGUGAAAUCAGGAGCUCCAUCGCAUGGGGGCCCAUUGCCCACACGCCCUCCUGGGAGAACCAGGCAAUAGGGCUCAGCUCCGCAGUCCCCGAGAGCGCCGUGACCAUGAGGAUAGGGCUGGCAGAGGGGCAGAGCUGCCUGCAGUGCGCCAGCGCCGAGGGGGGCCGCAGCCAGCGCAUCGUGUACUCCUGCCAGCUCUGCCCCUUCGCCUCCCACUACUCCAGCCACCUCAAGCGCCACAUGAAGACACACAAUGGGGAGAAGCCCUUUGCGUGCCCGCAGUGUGCCUACGCCUCUGCCCAGCUGGUGAACCUGACCCGACACCUGCGCACGCACACGGGGGAGAAGCCCUACCGCUGCACGUGCUGCAGCUUCGCCUGCAGCAGCCUGGGCAACCUCAAACGCCACGAACGGGUCCAUAGCCAGGACAAGCCCUUCCAGUGCGCCGCCUGCGACUAUCGCUGCAACCAGAGCCGCAACCUGAAGGCCAACCUCAAGCGUCACGGGCGCAUCCACUCGGGCGACAAGCCCUUCCAGUGCAGCCUCUGCAGCUACAGCUGCAACCAGAGCAUGAACCUGAAGCGGCACAUGCUGCGGCACACGGGCGAGAAGCCCUUCCAGUGCCGGGACUGCCCCUACACCACUGGCCACUGGGACAACUACAAGCGCCACCAGAAGAUCCACGGCCACACGGCUGAGAGCUGGGUAAACCCACGCAAUGCCAAAGCCCUCCUGGCCCCCCCAGCCGUGGGCACGGCCCUGCCCUGAGACAGCACUUAGCCCGGCUGCGGGGGCUUGGC